GAAUAAGAUACAGAACGCCAUAUCUCACUUUGCAAGACAAAUAAGAAGGACCGUAUACCCGAAAAAGUGUGUGCGGAUCUAAUCACACAUUGUACAUAUCAAUCAGGCAAAAGGGUGUAGCAUCGGAAUGCCACGAGUACAUACAUUUCUCUUUUUGCUAGUGAUAACAUUCCUCAAUUCUGGUGCACAGAAUGACAAUUUGAAAAAUGCGCAAAAGCACACCCCGACUUUGCUUUCAACGAGCGGCCUUCAGCAGAUUGCAGGUGAUCCCAUGACGCUGUUACCGAAGGCUUUGGAGAAUUUGCUGGUUGAGCGCGUGGUCGGAACAGCGGGUCAUGAAAACGUGAAAAACUACAUCGUGGAACAAAUGAGAGGACUUGGCUACACCGUAGAUUUGGAUGAAUUUGAUGAAACAGUACCCAUUCUGGGGAAGCUUCGCUUCGCGAAUAUUGUAGCCUCGCUCAAUCCGAACUCGAACCGAAACCUGGUUUUAGCCUGCCAUUACGAUAGCAAAUACUUUCCUGGCCAACGUUUCAUCGGCGCUACGGAUUCAUCUGUCCCUUGCGCAAUGCUACUGGCGAUCGCCGCUUUGCUCAGUCCCCACAUACAAUCGGUGAGAGACCGUACGGAUCUUAGCCUACAGUUUAUAUUCUUCGAUGGAGAGGAAGCGUUCCAGCAGUGGAAUGACCAGGAUUCGAUAUACGGAGCCCGGCAUCUUGCCGCACGCAUGGAACGCGAGGAUAGUCUGAAGAAAAUGGACAUGCUUGUUCUGCUCGAUUUGCUCGGGAUGCCUGAGCCUAACUUCUACAGCUAUUUCCCGGAAACGGAAAACUGGUACCUACAGCUGAUUUCGGCUGAGCGGCGUUUGGAUGAGCUGGGGCAUCUAGAAAACUACAGCACGAGCAGUGUUUCUCCGGCGCAGAAAUCGAUUGCUUACUUCAAACCACAUUCCUACCUAUCGCACAUUGAAGAUGAUCACAUUCCCUUCCUACGGCGGGGAGUACCUAUUCUACACGUGAUACCGAGCCCAUUCCCGGACGUUUGGCAUAAGCUGGAGGAUAACGGUGACAUUGUCGACGUUCCGACCGUACGUAACUUGAUCAAAAUAUUCAGCGUGUUCGUUGCAGAGUAUCUGCGUGUGCCAUUGUGACAGUGGAGGACUGAAUUUUAGUUGGCUUUCUGUAAAAAAAACCCAGUGUCCAUACCUGCACGUACUUAAAACGCAUACUGUUUAUGACUACUUAACGAUAGUCAUAUUUUCGAUCCGCUUUACACCGAUGUUUUAUAGAAUUUUACUGAGUGGAACAUAUCGCUACAAUGGCUACAUUCUUGUGCAAUAUAAAAAAACUUAUAUUGUUGAUUAUAUACGUUGAUUUUGAUAGACAAUAAACACUUCUUUAAAGUGCAUUG